AUGGCCGAUCUCGAUGAAGAUGUCAUCCAUCAGCCCGCGUCGAGCCAGUCCGCGCCGCAGGCCGAUACCGAUCUCUCAGAUGAAAUGCAAGACUUUCGGUUCUUGAACAGUCUCAGUCUCAUCCCCGAUACAUCCCAAACUACUCUCCCCCGCCGCGGUGAAAAGGACUUUGAGCCUAACCCGACUAUGUUACAAUCAGAUAUACUCGCUGCCUCGCGACAUGCAAUGCACACUGCCAUCUCGCAUCCACGUUUACAUGCUCCAAAAAAUCUUAUUGUCGGCAUUUACGCACCGGAGGGACCAACACCACUCGCCGAACCAGAAAAAGAAGAGAGAGGUGUAGGCGAGAAACCCAAGAAACGUAUAAUCAUCAAAGACCCCAUGGCUGGAAUUUCGCCGGAUGCAUGCGUAUACGUCCCACAGCCCAAGGGACCAUUUUUCAAAACUAUUGGAAGGGCAGAUCGCUGGAAUCGAGUGUGGCUUUUACCCGAAGAAGCGAUCUACCUCGUGGAACGGGGGACGCUCUACUUGAAGUGGCCGAGUACGAUUACGGAACCUGUUCAGGUUGAUGGUGAAGACAUGGGUGUACCUAUGAGUUUGGAGGCGGCGUAUGCAUGUAUGAUGGGACAUGCGGGGUUGACGGUGGAAAGAUAUGUUGUCUAUGCUGGGUUGAAGAGGGGUGGGUAUACUGUUGUUCGGGCUCCGUCGUGGUACGGAACACAGGAAGAGCCAGAGCAUGAGGUACAGGAUCAGGAUUUGUCUGGUGGUUCAUACUUUAAGGGUAUCUCUGGUUGUUGGAGUCGGUUUUACGAGUCCAUUGCCAACAUCUUGGAGUCGGACUACUCCGCACAAGGCCCUUUGAUAGGUGUUUCGACUCCGCGAAAUUAUACUACAUUGUAUCGAAAGCUAGCCUUGAUACCCGCCCACAAUGCAGCUAAUCCCAAGCCCGAAAGAAAACCAACGGAAGCUCCGUUCCAAUUUACAUAUUACGUCUACAAGCCAUCCACCCCAUAUAAGAUAUCUGCACCACAAGCCCCGGAUUUUCGCAUUGCAGUAGUCGACGCGCGCAGUCAUACAUCAAUCCCGACAAUGCGCCAGUUGAGCACUCUUAUCGGAUCAAGUCCCUACGAGCCGCCUCGUGGCGAAAAGAUGGAGCGCAAUUUAUACUCUCGUCUACGCCAGGGGUAUCGUAGCGCUAUUCUCGCUAUUGUUGACCAGGGUGUUGUUAGUUAUAUUCGUUUCGCUGAUGCUGGAUUUUCGAGAGAAAAGAUCUUCGAAAGUCAGGGACCGCCGAGGGGCAAUAAGGGUGGUUACCGUGGUAAAAAUGGUGGGAAGGGUAAAGGUCGGUAG